AAUUACAUUAUUUUCAUUUUUGGGUGAACUAUAAGAAAUUGACAGGAUUUUUGUUACAUUUUAUAUUUUAUCCCAUGCAGCUGUUGGGGGCCAUGACACAAAACAUGUCACAUGGAACAUCCUUUCCCGCAUUCAACCAGAUGGAGUCCAAGAAGUUCCUCCUGUGUGCUGUGAAAAAGAACCAUGUAUCACGUACCGCCACUGAUGAAGACAUUACAAAACACACAAUACGAUGGUUCAGCCUGGCAGCUGAUAGGGGAAGCUCAAGGAACCGUCCCACUGCUACGAAAUAAAAAUGGAGAAGAAUUUGCGUUUGAAUUUGGUCUUGCUGGGAAGAAAAGGAGCUGGGAAGAGCUCAUCAGGAAACACAAUACUGGGACGAGAAGCUUUCAUAUCAGAGAAACACUCCACUUCAAUCAAUCAGGAUUUUGCUGGUGAAGACGGUGAUGUUGGUGGAUUACCAAUCACUGUUUAUGACACACCGGGAUUGUCUGGUACAGAGAGAAAGAAAGAGCUCAGGAAAUAUGAAGAAUUUCUGCAGAAAUGUGAAUCAGGCCUGUGUGCGUUUCUCAUGGUUCUCCAGUGUGACCGAUUCACUGAAGAAGAUCAAGAAACUGUGGAGAAGAUUGAGGAGCUGCUGGGAGAAAAACGCAUGCAGAACACCUGGAUUCUCUUCACUGGAGAAGAUCAACUCAAAGAUGAAAAUAAGAGCAUAGAUCAUCUCAUUAAAGAGAUCACAGCCUUGAAGAAACUUAAUCAGAAAUAUGAGGGAAGAUUGCACAGUUUCAACAACAAGGAGAAAAAGACUAGAAAUCAAGUGGAUUCUCUGAUAACUAAAGUUUUCGCGUGGAACUUGGAGAAUUUGCAAAAAAAAUCACAGCAAAGAACUCCAAUCAACAUCCAAGAUAUUCCUGUCGACAAUUAUUUAUCCAGAAGGAUUGUUCUUCUGGGUAAAGCUGGUGUUGGGAAGAGUUCAACUGGAAACACAAUCCUGGGACACAAAGAGUUUAAAUCUGUGAGAAUUGAUUCAGUAACCAGUGAAUGUUUAGAGAAACACGCCACUGUUUCAGGCAGAUCUGUGUCUGUAGUUGAUACUCCUGGAUUAUUUGACACACAGAUGAACACUGAAGAGUUAAUGAUGGAGAUAGGGAGAAGUGUUUAUUUAUCCAGUCCUGGACCUCACGCUUUUCUCAUUGUGUUUCCUGUGAAUAUGAGGAUCACUGAACAUGAGCAGCAGAUUCUUCAGAUGAUUAAGAUGAUGUUUGGUCAGGAUGUAUUAAAAUACUCCAUCAUUCUCUUCACUCGUGGAGAUCUGCUAGAAGAUCAGACCAUAGAAGAACUCAUUAAUAACAACAAUCAAUUAAGAGAUCUAGUUGAUCAGUGUGGAGGCAGAUAUCACGUCUUCAGCAAUAGAGGGCUGGGACGCAAGUGCGUUCUGGGGGGGGGCGUGGGGUGGUUGUGGGUUUCUCCGUCGGAAUAACAGAGAGCAGGUGAAUGAUCUACUGCAGAAGAUUGAUACAAUGAUAGAGCAGAAUGGAGGAGGAUACUACAGUAAUGAGAUCUAUGAAGAGGCUGAGAGAUUCAGACUAGAGGAAGAAGAGUGGAGAAAACAACAAGGAAAGAAAAAAAUACGAGAGAUUAAGAGAAGGGAAAAAGAGAAAAAGAAGAGAAUCAGAGCAGAGACUGGAACAAAGAAAAGAGAAGGAAAAAAGGAGGAACAAAGAAAAGAUAAGACUGAGAAUGUGAUGAAGGCAGAAGAAGAAAGAAUCAGAGCAGAGGAAAAGUCUAAAUUAGAGAGCCAGAGUGGAUUUUCACAUUUUAUUUCUAAGAACAAGAGUUAUUUUCAAAUGGCAGCUUAUGUUGUUGGUGGAAUUGCUGUUGGAGCUGUUGGAGUUUUAACUGGUGUUGGAGCUGUAGCUGGAGCUGGAGCUGUUAUAAAAGCUGUUGGAGGAGCUGGAGCUGUUGUAAAAGCUGUUGAAGUAGCUGGAGCUGUUGUAAAAGCUGUUGAAGUAGCUGGAGCUGUUGUAAAAGCUGUUGGAGGUGCUGCAACUUAAUCUGUUCCUACUGCAGCUGAUAUUGGAGCUGGUAUUGGAGCUGCUGUUGGAGCUUUUAUUGGAGUUGCUGCCACUAAAAAUGCCAGUUGAGCUGUCACUGUUGGCACUCUAGUUUUUACUCAAAACUUGUGUAAAUAAUGAUUCUAUAGAUACGCAUAUAAAUGUAUGGAAUAAAAAAAAAAACAUCCAAAUAUUAUGAUUUGAAUUUUGCUUUAAUUUACUUUCUAGUUUGUUGUAGCUGCUCCAAAGUCUUUGCUUGUGAUACAAAAAAUAA